AUGCCACCGACGAUGCCUAAAAAGGAAAAGCCGAACUUCAUGUCCGACUGCCCAGGCAUGACAAACAAUGUGCCUUUCGUCCUUUUCACGGACGUCUCAGAGGAAGACGUACUACAACUUUUUACGUUUCUUAUUUUUACUAGUACUACCUAACUAGCAGUUCCUCCACAGCCCUAGUAGCACAUAUAUCUGGCUUGUAGCUGACAGAGGACUUCUAAGCGAUCUAAAUUAUAUGCGAGUGAGUAUUUAAUACAGUAGCCGAGUAUGUGCGAUUGUUAUCUAGAUUACUCGCUUAGGUCAGUUUAUCGAAUACCAGCAUAAGCUCAACCCAGCAGGUUCUGAUAAUGCGAAAGCAGGGAACCUCUGAACGCAAGCAUUACCUGGCGACGAAAUGCAUGAGGGUAGACCAUGACGAAGGCACAUUCCUUAAGGCUUAUUUCCGCAUUCCAUCUUGAGAGUCACUGUCAGACCACUAAAAAAGAAAGGAGUAAUCAGAAGAGUCCUGUUCAGAAACACUGUCAGACCACGUCUCUACGGUCACUAUGAAAGGUGAUAACAGGGACAUUAGCAUGCAUCUUGAGAGCCAUGAUGCUGCUGAAAGGCCUUUUCAAAGACUGUCAGACCCCGUCUCUACGGCCAUCGUCACCCACGACGCAUCUCAAGAUGAAUUCGGGCGAGCUCUAAAUUCCCGUUUGAAAUUGCAGCGGAUUUUCAUUUUCACAACUUUAAUUUCGGAGAAAGUCUCAAAUUCACGCCAGAAAAAAUGAGCACUUUUCUCAGUACUUCUAAUGCAAUUUUUCGUUCUUCGUCGUACUCAACGAGAAGUACUUAAAAACAGUUUUACUUGCUUGUAGACGCAACUACAUUUUUUUUACACCGAUGCAUGCCAUGAAUCCUUGUCCUCCUCCCAUUUCCUGAAAAGACGACGACUCUUAAGAUAUGAAUAUCUCCGAUCUCCAGGUAUGAUGCGAACUGUCUAUAACGAAAGCUUCGAUUUGGGGCUCUCAAUGAGCGAGAGUUACGAGUUGUUUCGGCAUCUGCUUCUGAAGCAUAGCUGCCACAGACCACCGUUUAGCACAGGCAUAUUCGAAUUGAAGGAUGUGAAGAUUAUGGUGAUGAUAACACUACCUCUCAGGUUGUUAGUGCCCUUUAGUACAGGCAGAUUCUUGUGUAGUUCAUUCUACUCUAACUGUAACUUCUGCAGAAGGAUAUUAAGAGUAGACAAGAACAACUUAAAGAAAGGUUUUUACUGGCGAUCUCCAACAUUUUCGUUCUUCGUCUAAGAAAAACAUUUCCGACUACGUGUUGGAUACGUUUUUCCGACAUUACAAGAUGUACAAGUACGUGUACGUAUGCAUCCGCGACCUGGAGGUAAAGGUAAAGCCGACCCCGGCUCUCAACCGAGGCACCCUGAAGACCGCUUUCGCCUGUUCCACAGAGAACGAAAGAGAUCCGAGAACACAUGUAUUUUUGAUUAUUUCGGUCUGCACUCAGUGUACUUCAAGCAUUAGAAGAGCAUAAAACAGGAACAGUCAUCUUCUCUCGACACAAGACAGCCAUGUUCUCUGGAGUUUUUUUUCAAAACUUCUCUGGAGUUUUUUUUCAAAACUUCUCUGGAGUUUUUUUUCAAAACUUCUCACUCUGCUAUUUUUAUUUUAAAACUAUUAUAUAUACUAUGCUGCCCAACUGCAACAAGUAGCCACUCAACAAAUCACUACAGCCCUUCCUGUACGAUCUGUUUGAGGAGGAAAGGAGAAAAGAAUACCUGGAUCAGAAGGCAAAAGAGGCAGAGGAGGCGGCGGAAGCUAAGAAAUCCUUUGAGGAUCGGGUUAUGGGCACACUGGCAAGACUCGAGGAUGAAGUCGACACCAAGAUUAAAGAAGUGGAUGAAAAAUUGAACUAACAUUUUUUGGAAUACAUCGUCGUCUAUCUGGAGUUGAAAUUGAAUGCCCCAGUUGAUGCUUUACCAGGGAAUCCACUCGCUCCUGAAUCCUUUCAGGUCUAGUUGUGGGUUCGGUUGGCUCCUGUAGAUUUGAUAUUACUCAUCUUCAGAAACUGGAAAGUGGAUGUGGAACGAAGGCCGAAUCUUCGAUUGUAGUGACAUCAGCGUGCUUAUCGAGGUUG